GCUUCAUGUUCCCGCGAGAGGUGCUUGGAAGUCUCGGCAGGACAGGCGAGCGCUUCUCGGUCAGUUCCCUGCUCUGUACCAUCUGGCAGUAACUCCGUUUCUGCAGCAGAAUGCCUUCUUCCGAGGAGCUUUCCCUGGAGUACCAGGGACUUCUGCUUCCCAGAGAGACUCACUCUGCAGAGAGCUUGAAGUUUGCGCAGGAAUUCGCUCUGAAAGAUGAUGAUGUUCUCGCGGUUACGUACCCGAAGUCAGGGACGAUCUGGAUGCAGGAGAUCCUCCCGCUGGUGCUUAGUGGCGGAGAUCUGACUCCCAUCCAAACGGUCGUGAACUGGGACCGGGUCCCGUGGCUGGAGGAAAAGAGGCUGGCGCAGGUUGUGGAUAAGCUGGCGUCGCCACGUGCGCUCGUCACACAUUUUCAAUACAGCUUCAUGCCGCCUUCCUUCCGCACGUCCAAAGCCAAAGUAGUCUAUGUCAUGAGGAACCCAAAAGACGUCCUGGUGUCUUCAUAUUACUUCCACCAGAUGGCCGCCUUCCUGGAGGAUCCAGGGACUUUUGAUGAGUUCAUGGAAAUAUUCCUGGAUGGUAGAGUUGUCUUUGGGAAAUGGACAGACCAUGUAAAGAGUUGGAAAAAUGCAGAGCUAGGAGACAGGAUACUUUUCAUCACUUAUGAGGAAAUGGUUCAGGACCUGCCCGCUUCCAUCAGGCGCAUUUCUGACUUCUUGCGCAGGAACCUGAGUGAAGACGUCAUUCAGAAGAUAGCGGAGCAUUGCUCUUUCCAGAGCAUGAAGGCCAACGCCAUGUCCAACUUCAGCCUCUGCCCAAAGGAGUACAUGGACAGCGACAAGUCUCCUUUCCUGAGGAAAGGGAUCGCAGGAGACUGGAAAAACCACUUCAACUCAGAGCAACUGGCCCGAUUUAAGUCUGUGAUCACUAAAGAGUUGGAGGGAGAGAACUUCUCUCUGCCGUGGAGCUUGGACUGAUCCGCAAAUUCAAAAUUCAAGUAAGAAGAAACAAAAUCAAGGCAUCUACUGAUAGUUUUUUUUUUAUUUUUCAAAUGGGACAUUUGUGCUUUUUGUACAAUUCAAAAUUAUUUAGAUUUAAUGUGAAAGAUUCAGACAUUUCAUUAACUUGUGCCAUUACAUGUAUUUAAUUAUUGAUCGGUUGUUGGAAGAGUUUUAUAACUUUAGAAUGGUUACUAAAUGAAAUUAUAUUUUUAAAAAGUCUGAAUAAUUAGCAGACAUCUCUAUGAGAAAAUGUCUUGUAGUGUAGAUCGCCUACUUUUGAACUAACUGCAGAAUUACAUCAUUUUGAGUGCAAAUUUUUAUCUGUGACGACAAGAGUGUAACUAAGAUUUAACAAUGUGCAAAUAAUAUAUAUAUAUAUGAAAGAAAAAAUGUAAGGGAAACACAAUGUAUUCAAGUCAACAAAAACUUAAAGCAUUUCUCAUUUGAAGCCCAAAGUUUUUAUAUACUGUACAUCCUCUUAAGGAAAUAUUUGUCUCAUCAUUUUGGCCUCGACGAAAUAGAAAGAAAGUUGUUCAUACCUACUAACAUAAAAAAAAUUAAAAGUGUAAUCUCAUACAAAGUCAGGCUGAAAUAAAAUUAUUACAUGUUUUUAAUGUUGUUCAAUUUCCUUUAUUGACAAUGUCCUGUUAAGGUUCACUUCAAAUAAAUUAAUAUCGACAUUUACA